GUCUCGCAUACCCGGUUCAAGCAUCCGAUCUGCGAAUUUCGAUCUAGUCAAGAACUACACAGCUCAACCGCUACAUCUCACAAACCGUCAAAAUGGGUAAGGAGGACAAGACUCACAUCAACGUGGUCGUUAUCGGCCACGUCGACUCCGGCAAGUCUACCACCACUGGUCACUUGAUCUACCAGUGCGGUGGUAUCGACAAGCGUACCAUUGAGAAGUUCGAGAAGGAAGCCGCCGAACUCGGCAAGGGUUCCUUCAAGUAUGCGUGGGUUCUUGACAAGCUCAAGGCCGAGCGUGAGCGUGGCAUCACCAUCGACAUUGCCCUCUGGAAGUUCGAGACUCCCAAGUACUAUGUCACCGUCAUUGACGCUCCCGGCCACCGUGACUUCAUCAAGAACAUGAUCACUGGUACUUCCCAGGCCGACUGCGCUAUUCUCAUCAUUGCCGCCGGUACUGGUGAGUUCGAGGCUGGUAUCUCCAAGGAUGGCCAGACCCGUGAGCACGCUCUGCUCGCCUACACCCUGGGUGUCAAGCAGCUCAUCGCCAUCGACUCCAUCGAGCCCCCCAAGCGUCCCACGGACAAGCCCCUCCGUCUGCCCCUUCAGGACGUCUACAAGAUCGGUGGUAUCGGAACAGUUCCCGUCGGCCGUAUCGAGACUGGUGUCCUCAAGCCCGGUAUGGUCGUUACCUUCGCUCCCUCCAACGUCACCACUGAAGUCAAGUCCGUCGAGAUGCACCACGAGCAGCUCGCUGAGGGCCAGCCCGGUGACAACGUUGGUUUCAACGUGAAGAACGUUUCCGUCAAGGAAAUCCGCCGUGGCAACGUUGCCGGUGACUCCAAGAACGACCCCCCCAUGGGCGCCGCUUCUUUCACCGCUCAGGUCAUCGUCAUGAACCACCCCGGCCAGGUCGGUGCCGGCUACGCCCCCGUCCUCGACUGCCACACUGCCCACAUUGCCUGCAAGUUCGCCGAGCUCCUCGAGAAGAUCGACCGCCGUACCGGUAAGGCCACCGAGACUGCCCCCAAGUUCAUCAAGUCCGGUGACUCCGCCAUCGUCAAGAUGAUUCCCUCCAAGCCCAUGUGCGUUGAGGCUUUCACCGACUACCCUCCCCUGGGUCGUUUCGCCGUCCGUGACAUGCGCCAGACCGUCGCUGUCGGUGUCAUCAAGGCCGUUGAGAAGUCCACCGCCGCCGCCGGCAAGGUCACCAAGUCCGCUGCCAAGGCCGCCAAGAAAUAAGCGAUACCCAUCAUCAACACCUGAUGUUCUGGGGUUCCUCGUGAGGUUUCUCCAGGUGGGCACCACUAUGCGCUCACUUCUACGACGAAACGAUCAAUGUUGCUAUGCAUGAGCACUCGACUAUGAAUCGAGGCACGUUAAUUGAGAAGCUGGGAAUAAGGGUUCCAUCAGAACUUCUCCGGGAAUGCAAAACAAAAGGGAACAAAAAAAACUAGAUAGAAGUGAAUU